AUGCAAUCUAUCACAUCAGCAGAUGACGUAGAGGCGCAGCGCCAAAUCAAGCAAAUGGUGAACUUCAUUCUUAACGAAGCAAAGGACAAGGCUGAAGAGAUCGAAUCAAGUGCCGUUGAGGACUUUAAUGUGCAGAAGAUGACUUUGUUUCAACAGAAAAAGGAUGAAAUAAGGGCCAAAUUGACGAGAAAGAUCAACACGCUGAAACUUGAAAAAAUAAGGGCUCAUAACACUGCUUCCAGGGAUAUUCAAGACCAAGUACUCAGACACCAAUGUGGAAUGAUAGAUUCGAUUACAAACGAGGCGUUGGAAAAAAUACAAGCGCAAAUGAGCGUCACGAGUGAAUACGAGCGGAUUUUGGUUCUUUUAAUUCUUAAGGGGCUAAUGUCUUUGGCCUGUAAUGAGGUGCUAGUUAGAUGCCGCAAGGAAGACACAGCCCUAGUCAAAAACAGCAUAAGUGAAGCGAAGUUACGGUUCGCUUCCCUAACGCAAGAAACCUUAGGCAAUAAAUGGGAUCUUACAGCAACAAUCGACCCCAAGGUUUUUUUACCGAGUGAUAAUCUCGGUGUAAUAGUAACGACAAGUGACGGCAAGGUGGAGUGCAAUUGCACUUUCACAUCCAGGCUAGAAAUAUACUGUGAAAAACUUAUUCCCGAGUUUAAAGCAGAAUUAUUCAAGCAGUGA